ACUGGAGAUAAACCGUAUAUAUGUAAGGAAUGUGGGAAGGCCUUUGCGAAAGCCUCAAGUCGUAGUGUACAUAGGAGAAUUCACACUGGAGAGAAACCGUAUAUAUGUAAGGAAUGUGGGAAGGCCUUUGUGAAAGCCUCAAAUCUUAGUGUACAUAGGAGAAUUCACACAGUAGAGAAGCCGUAUAUAUGUAAGGAAUGUGGGAAGGCCUUUGCUCAAUCCUCAAGCCUUGGUGUACAUAGGAGAAUUCACACUGGAGAGAAACCGUAUAUAUGUAAGGAAUGUGGAAAGGCCUUUGCUUUGGCCUCAAGACUUAGUGAACAUAGGAGAAUUCACACUGGAGAGAAACCGUAUAUAUGUAAGGAAUGUGGGAAGUCCUUUGCUGAAGCCUCAAACCUUAGUGUACAUAGGAGAAUUCACACUGGAGAGAAACCAUAUAUAUGUAAGGACUGUGGGAAGUCCUUUGCUGAUGCCUCAAACCUUAGUGUACAUAGGAGAAUUCACACUGGAGAGAAACCGUAUAUAUGUAAGGAAUGUGGGAAGGCCUUUGCUCAAUCCUCAAGCCUUACUAUACAUAGGAGAAUUCACACUGGAGAGAAACCAUAUAUAUGUAAGGAAUGUUUCUCCUACAUGGAUGCCGAUGGCGCCCGGGAGAGCGGCGUGCAGCUGACCUUCCUGUGCCUGCUGAGCACCAGCACCUGGCAGUCCUUCACAGGCCUGUGCCAGAACAAUGCCGCCAGGCUGGACUUGGCGCCUGACCAGAAGUUCGGCUUCCAAUUGGGGCCCGUUUGCUUCAGUAGCUGA